GCCUGGGUUUUGACACACUUCCAGUAUAGCACUUUUAAUGUCACCCGUAGAUUAGUGCGUUUAAAACGUCCACGUCGUAUUAAAAAACAUAAUUAACAUACAACUAGUUACAUUUAAGCGACUGGGGGUAUAAUAAUGGCGUAUACGCAGAUAUUAAAAGUGCUGCAUCGGAGUUUACAGCCAAAAGCGACGCAGACGUGCAGACUGGCAGGUAGCUUGCUGAUCCGCACACACAGGACGCAGUCAGCGGUCUCGACGCUGAACUUCCACGCUAGGGCCGAAUCUCCCGCGUGUAAUUUCCAUGCUUGUUGCUGCUUCCUGCAGCCACGCAAAUACAUUCAUGUUGACUACAGCGUGAGGAAUAAAAGCGAGGAGGGGGACGGUGGGCAGAAGUCCCUUUCCAGACACCAAAGCGGGAGCCCCAAGCCAUCAGCGGCACGCAAAGUGAAAGAAGCCGGCAGAGAUUUCACCUACUUGAUAGUCGUCCUCAUCGGGCUUGGAGUGACAGGUGGGCUUCUGUAUGUGGUCUUCCAGGAACUGUUUUCUUCCUCCAGUCCGAACAAAGUCUAUGGGAAAGCUUUUGACAAAGUCCGAUUACACCCCGAGGUAAUUGGCGCAUUCGGAGAGCCAAUUAAGUGUUAUGGCGAGACGACCCGUCGAGGAAGACGGCAGCAAGUCAGUCAUUUAGAGUACCUGAAGGAGGGAUUAAAGCACAUGAGGCUGAAGUUUUACAUUGAAGGAUCAGAGCCAGGUCUUAAAGGCACCGUGCACUCUGAGUCAAAAGAGAAUCCUGAAACAGGAAAAUAUGAGUUCCGGUACAUAUUUGUUGACAUUGACACCUAUCCAAGGCGGACCAUCAUUGUGGAAGAUAACCGAUAAUAAUAACGAAAGGAUCCAAUCCAAUCAGUCAAUAGUUCGCUAAUAGCUGAUAGUGUGAAUGUGCAUCUUAUGUGUUGUAAAGAAAAAAAAAAAAAAAGCAGAGGAUACAAAUGUAACUAAGUGAUUUAAAAGCUUUUGCAUUAAAAAGCAAUGACUGUAAAAUAAUGAAUCGUUCUUUUGCAUUUUAUACCAUCAGUUUUGUACAGUACAAUGUGUCCAAGUCACUGGAAUGGUUGGUAUCCAAUAAUGGCCACUAGAUGUCGCCAAAGCGUCAGAGGAAAAUCUGUGAAUCCACCACAUUACAAAUUACUUGAAUCGCUAUUAGAAUAUAUGAGUGAAAUAACAAGUAAGAUUCUUGUUAGAAUAAAUCCAUACACUUAAAAUACCAUAUG